AUGGAGGACACUGAAAAGAACGCCGUCGAAAGCACCGGCUCAACGCCGGGAACCACUACCCCCAAUUCCCUCCAGAAAACACCGACUCACAACUCUCCCGGCUUUUCGCUCCCAAGAUGGCGCAAAUACAUAAUUCUCUUCAUUGUCUCGUGGAUGACGCUCGCCGUAACAUUCUCCAGCACAGCGCUUUUACCAGCAACGCCCGAGAUCGCAACCGAGUUCAACACAACUUCCGAGAUACUCAAUAUCACAAAUGCCGGCGUGCUGUUGGCCAUGGGGUUCUCGACGCUCCUUUGGGGACCACUAACAAUCCUCAUCGGGCGCCGCGUCAGCUAUAAUAUUGCUGUUGCGGUGCUUGUGACAGCUAGCGGGCUCACGGCGGGGAGCCGGAGUAUGGGGUGGUUUACGGCGUGUAGAAUCUUGGGCGGGUUUACGGGAACUAGCUUUAUGGUGUCCGGGCAAACUGUUUUGGCGGAUAUUUUUGAGCCGGAAGUUCGAGGGACGGCCGUGGGAUUAUUCAUGCUGGGAACUGUGACUGGCCCUGCGAUUGGUAUACCCCCUCCAUUAACCACGUGUCAGACACCGACUAACAAGGCUGGUACAGCCCCCUGCAUCGGCGGCAUAAUCGUCACCUUCACAAGCUGGCGGUACAUCUACUGGCUGCAGACCGCAAUGGCCGGGCUCGGCAUGGUGCUGUCGUUGAUGUUCGUGCCAGAGGUGCAACAAGAACCCUCCACAGAGAAGGAGCAAAAAAAGAAACAGAUCACCCUCCGCUACGCCCUCAAAGUCUUCAACCCCCUCCGCGUCUUCAGACUCUGGCUAUACCCGAACAUCUUCCUUUCCUUCUUAACCUGCGGCCUCCUAUCAACAUACCUCUACGCCCUGCUCUCGUCCGCCCGCACAAUCUUCAACCCACGCUUCAACCUCACUUCCGCGCUCGUAAGCGGUCUGUUCUACCUCGCCCCGGGCUCGGGUUUCCUGAUCGGCAGCGUGCUAGGAGGCCGUUUAUCCGACAGGGCCGUGCACAAGUACAUCGCGCGGCGCGGGUUCAGACUGCCUCAGGACCGCCUGAAUUCCGGGCUGGUCAUGCUGAGCCUCGUCUUGCCCGGCGCAACGCUGAUCUACGCGUGGACGCUGGACCAAGAGGUUGGCGGAAUGCCCGUGCCCAUUAUUGCGGGGUUUGUGGGCGGCGUCGGGCUGAUGGGGAGCUUCAAUGGGUUGAAUACGUAUGCGGCUGAGGCGUUGCCGGCGCAUCGGGCGGAGGUCAUUGCGGGGAAAUAUAUCGUGCAGUAUAUUUUCUCGGCCGGGGCGAGUGCGCUUGUUGUGCCGUUGGUUGAGAAGAUUGGGGUUGGGUGGACGUUUACGAUUUGUAUGCAUCCUGUCUCCUUCUCAGUGCUUGCGGUGGUUGGAUUGAGCUAA